UUUUUUUUAAAAAAAAAAAACCUACCUUUGAUGAAACAGCGGCAGCAAUAUUAUACCAACAGCUUUUUUUUUUGGUAGUCCGUUCGUAUGGUGUGCCCAGUAAUACAUUAUGCUCAUACAUCUUUGAUUGCAAUAAGGAAAAACGUACACUAGGAUAGAAUACAGAAGGUUAAUUGGUAGGGGCUUAUUGGUUUUGGGAAAGGUGGGCUCAUUCUUGCCGUUAUCUCAUGGUCUUGGUUUGAUAAUGGUUACUCAUGGUGGUGUUAUGAAGUUUAUUCAUGCUCUUGUUGCCACUAGAAAUCCUGUUAUACUUUUUUUUUAUUCACUUACAGCAUCAACGACGAUUCCCAACUAUAUUAUUUACUAGAAUAAUAUUAGGCGGUAAUGCAAAGGGAAUUAUACCUCUUGGCGUAUCUGUAGUGUUACAAGGGAACAAAACAAUUGUCCAAAUAGCGUAUAGAUGGCAUCACAGAGGGCUUUUGAAGAAAGAUAGGAUUUGGUGAACGGCAACAUAGACGAAGAUUUUUUUUGAAUGGGAAAACACCUUGGUGAUCGUAUCGACGCAACCGGAGUUGAAGAGGAACAGAAAAAAAAAAUACUUACAACAGAUUUGGGACAAGGUAUAGAUGAAACGUGAUGAUUUACAAGUGAAAAAUCUACCGCGCGGCAAGCUGUUGGCGACUCAUUGGCAAGAAAGAGUACAAAAAAUCAUUGUCGUGACAUGUGUCGGAAAGGCUAAUAUGAUUUUUACAUAUGUAAAAGGUACUACUUCAUGAUCUUCUAUAGUUAUUGGACAGAUUGGAAAGGAAAUGACAUCAACCUAUCGUCUUUUUUAGUACGGGAUUUAUCAAGUCGGUUAUACUUUUGGUUUUUGUUUAUUAAUUUAGAUUUUGUGUUUAUAGUUAAUAAAGGAACAGAGUUUACAUCUAUGAAAAUGCAA